AUGACAACGGAAACGGCGAAUGGUGGGGGCGUCGGCGAUGGCGCCGGUUGCAGGAACAGGGGCUGGCCGAGGAGCUGCUGGUUCGCCGGAGUUGUAGGGGGAGUUCACGGCUGCUGCAAGAGUGGCUCUGCUGGGUGGUGGCUGGCCGUGGCUGCUGGAGAGGCCGGAGACAGCCUCGGCUGGAGCUGGAGCUGCUUGGGUCUCGCACAGUUGCUGUGGCUGGUCUCGGCUGCUGCGGAGGGGAGUUGGUGGGCUGGAAUCCGAGGGAGAGAAGACAGAGGGAGUGGGAGAGAUAAGAGAAUUGAGAGAAAGAGCAGGGAGAGAGAAAGAGUUUACAUUGUGUAUAUGGGAGACUCAACUCAUCAUACACCCCAACAUAUUGAAGACUCACAUUAUGAGCUUCUCACAAAUUUGCUAGGAAGCAAAGAAGCUGCCAAAGAUUCAAUUCUAUAUAGCUAUAAGCAUGGAUUUUCUGGAUUUGCUGCAGUUUUAACGAAAUCCCAGGCCAAACAAGUAGCAGGGUUUCCAAGAGUAGUCCGUGUAUUCCCUAGUAAGAUGUUUUCUUUGCAUACUACUAGAAGUUGGGAUUUUUUGCAAUCAGAGCCACAAGUGAGUAAUGAAAUACACAAACAAAAGAGUCAUGAAGGCGACGGUGUGAUUGUAGGCUUCUUAGAUACUGGAAUAUGGCCCGAAUCCAAAAGCUUCAAAGAUGACAACAUGGGAGCAGUUCCAUCUCGAUGGAAAGGAACAUGCCAAGAAGGGGAAGACUUCAACCAAUCCCAUUGUAAUAAAAAAGUUAUUGGUGCGCGCUGGUAUAUCAAAGGAUAUGAAGCUGAGUUUGGAAAGAUGAAUAGAAGCGAGACAAAGGAGUACUUAUCACCUCGAGAUGCAGAUGGGCAUGGUACUCACACCUCCUCUACAGCAUUAGGGAAUCCCGUACAAAAUGCAAGUUUUAUGGGGUUAGCUCAGGGCCUAGCGAGAGGGGGUGCUCCGUUAGCUCAUUUGUCAGUUUAUAAAGUCUGUUGGUCCUCAGGGGGUUGUGGUGAUGCAGAUAUCCUUGCUGCAUUUGAUGACGCUAUUUAUGAUGGGGUGGAUGUGAUUUCUAUCUCGAUUGGGACAUCGUUUCCAGCUCCAUAUUAUUCUGAUGAUGGUAUGGCUAUUGCUUCGUUCCAUGCUGUGGCAAAUGGAAUUACCGUAGUUACUUCUGCUGGGAAUUCAGGUCCCAUUCCUCAAAAAGUUAUAAACGAUGCUCCGUGGCUCAUAACUGUUGCUGCCAGCACAAUUGAUAGAUCUUUCCUCACUCAAAUUACCUUGGGAAACAACCAAACAUUGGUGGGUCAAUCUAUUUAUAGUGGGGAGAAAAUGAACAAGUUUUACCCCCUUGUGAAUGGAAAAGACGUCGCAUCUUCUGAUGCAUAUGAAGGCAAUGCAAAAUAUUGUGAGGUGGGAACUUUGAAUGCCACAUUAGUAGAAGGAAAGGCAAUUCUUUGUUUUCAAGCCUAUAAUCAAAAUUCAGCUCCGAUUGCUUUACGCGCUGUAUUGGAAGCCAAGGGUGCUGCUGUUAUCUUUGCUCAAUAUCCAUCCAAGCUUGUUACUGAAGUGAAUUCAGUUAUCCCAUUUGUUCAAGUGGACAACAUAAUAGGAAUAUCAUUGUUGAGAUACAUCAAGAUAACAAGCAAUCCUAUGGUCAUGAUUGGCCCUACAAUAACAAAAUUAGGAGAACAAAUUGCUCCAAAAGUUGCAGUCUUCUCUUCUCGAGGACCUUGUUCUCCUAAUCCAACCAUCUUAAAGCCUGACAUUGCUGCUCCUGGGGUUAAUAUCUUGGCUGCGUGGUCUCCUAUUAGUCCCCCAAAAUCAGAAUUUAAUAUUAUGUCAGGAACAUCCAUGGCAGCUCCCCAUAUAUCAGGCAUUGUUGCUAUCUUAAAAGAAGUUCAUCCCACUUGGAGCCCUUCUGCCAUCAAGUCUGCGCUUGUCACAACUGCCUUUUUGACGGAUAUAUAUGGUCAAAGUGCUAUUGCUGAAUCAUUACCAUCCAAACAAGCUGAUCCGUUUGACUUUGGAGCUGGAUUUGUGAAUCUUAACAAAGCCCAUGAUCCCGGUCUUAUAUAUGAUGCUGGACCUUUGGACUAUCUCCAAUUUCUCUGUUCCUCCGGCUACAAUGAUACUGAAAUCAAGCUGAUCGCCGGAUCUGACGCCAAAUGCCAAAACACCGCCAACUUCCUCCUGAAUCUUAAUCUACCAUCUAUUGUUGUUCCUGAGCUGAAGCAUUGCGUUACUGUAUCAAGAACAGUCACAAAUGUUGGGCAAGUAAAAUCUUUCUACACGGCAUACUUUGAUGCUCCACCUGGCAUAAGUGUGGCAGUACAGCCGUCAUUUCUUUCAUUUGACCAUGCAAUAAACAAGCUCAAAUACAAGGUGACACUUUGCUCAAGAAAAAAUGCUCAAGGACAAUUCUCAUUUGGGAAUUUGUAUUGGGUAGAUGGUUGCCACUCAGUGAGGAUAUCAAUAAUCGUUCGAUCAGUAAUCUAUGACUCUUCUUCAGAUACAUGA